GGAGAAUUACAUGAAACGACGCCGUAGCAGCUGAUACGGAUAUCAUCGCGCGUGCGUUAUAUCCAUGAGCCAUAGCUUUGAUUGAGUGCAAUGCAUUUCCCAAAAAUAAUUUUGGGAGUAAAACAGAGAAUAAGAACAUUCGUAAUUACGUUGCAACCAUUCCGAUCCAUCGUUUAAUUCGCCACCUUCCACAGUUUUGUUAGGACCCAACACGAAUUAUAUAUUUAUCAAUCGGAUUCCUCUUUCUCUUCGUCGUCGUCGUCAUCAUCAUUAUUAUUAUUAUUAUUCAAUUUUGAAUAUUCAUGGCGUCGAGUUUUGAUCGAUGGGAAAAAGAUCCUUUCUUUAACGCCGCCGAAGAAGUUCAGGAAUCUACAGACAGGAUGGAAUCUGCGUAUAGAACAUGGAUUCAUGCAACGAGAGAUGCGUCCACCCCAUGGAACCGUGAUGAACUUCGCCGAGAUCUGCAUACUGCCCUUGGCACUGCUAAAUGGCAGUUAGAUGAAUUUGAACGUGCGGUCAGGUCAAGUUAUAGCAAAAUUUCAAGUGAGGAUACCAGAAAUAGGCACCAAGAUUUUAUUGAUGCCAUCCUUGACAAGAUUACAAAAGUUGAACACUUGUUACAAGAAUCUGUUCAUUUGGGUAGCAAGGCUUCUCUGCCUUGGAUGGGUCUCGAUGAAGGAGAACGGGAUGAACUUGCAUUGUUUCUUUCUGGAAUGCCGGAUUCUGGCGCCAGAAAUCCCAUUGAAAAUAUACAAUUAAGUGAUAAAGAUUCAUUAAGCAAUUCGUCUGGAACACCAGAGGAGAAAUCACAUGGGCAUCGCAGGGCAGCUAGUGCUGAUGCUGAUAUUGGUGCUUGGAAAAUUGCUGUUUCCGAUAACGCGCCGCAAUUGUGUUCUUCCAAUGGUUUGUCUGGUCCUCUACAUAGGGUAGCCAGUCUUUCUGGAUUUUUUGGUUCCAUGGAAUCCAUCUCUAAGUUGAAGUGGCCUAAGAAUGGUUAUAGAAAGCUUAAAGCGGUGAACCAUCAUCAAGAAAUGGAUAAUGCACUGCUACCAUCAACUGAAUUGAAUGGGGGCAUCAAUGCAUACUUUGAAAAAGGUAAGAGCUGCCUUGACAAUUGUGAUGAAUGUUAUGAUAAGCAAUUCCACGGGUGGUACGGGGCUUUCCAAAGACAGCUUCAAAGAUCUCAAUACCAAAUGCAAUACAAUCGACCAGUUCAAAUAACUGUCUGGAUUGUUAUUCUCCUUUGCUUGGUUGGUAAGUCUGGAUCUUUGUUUCUGUGGUCGUCACUACCCUCCAUUUUUUUUUUUUGAAGUCCUGGAUGACCUUGAUGAUGCUUUCCAUUUACUAUUUUUUUUGUCCUGGUUCCUUUGUUCACAAGGCUACUUGUUGGUGCUCUUCAUUUCAUGGUAUUUUGUGAUAUUGUUCUUGCUUAUUCACGCUUUCUUUUUGUAUGCUUGAUUUUGUUGCUGUUAAUGUUAUAUAAGAAUGAUUGGGAAUGUGAAGUGUUGAGAUUUUUUUUCGUUAGGCCCUCUCUUCUAAAUUUUGCCAAGAAAUUUUAUAGUUCCCUUUUUCCACCUAAAGAGGGAUGUUCAAUGACAUUCCUUGUGCUUAUAUCUUGGUAUAGUGUGCUUUGUAACUGAUUGAAGUUUUGUCCACAUGCCUCACGGGCCAAAGGAAGAGAAAUUUUGUCAGUUCUAAAUUCUCCAUGCAAUUGUUACUCUCACGGGUGUUUCAGUUCAAUUAUCUUCUCGGCCCUUUCUUGUAAUAGUAUGUGUUGGCUACGUGGCUUACAAUUUUGAUUUCUCUGCAGUUUUAAUUGCUUUUUGCGCGAUGUAAAAAAGAAGAAUUAGAUACUCUAUCAAUUUCCAGUUGGCGGCAGAAUGGGGACAGACAAACAAUCUUUUAAUUCGAGUUCACAUAAUCUAUGUUGUCGUUUAAGCAAGCGAGAGGUUUUUUUUUUCUGGUUCUCGCUGGCAUACACGGUGUCAAUAUAUUUCAAGUUCUUUGAUAUUACUAUUUAGAGUCUUCCACAAUGCAUAGAAGUAGCACAGCCUUACUUUUUUUUGUUUUUGCUAUCAAUUUUUCUCUUAUUUUAGAAGAAUACUAUUUUCACAAUAAUUUCUCAACAUUUUUUACCUCUUUAUCGCUAUUUGUCAUAUCAUCCAUUUUCUUUAACCCUUCUCUCUCUUUCUCCCAAUCUCUCUUCUUGAUGUAAGUAUUGUUUUGAGAAACAUGUGAAAAUAGCAUUAUUCAUUCUAGAAUGGUCUAGUGAAGAGUAUUCCCUCUGUGCUGCUGUACUGUAUUACAAGAUGUACAUGCCAAAGUUAAUCGACAUGAUGUUGUAACGAAUAUCAUUUAUUCUUGAUGCGAGAACUGUUAUGUGC